UUUAAUGUCAUUAUCUAUAUAUGAAGAUAAGGAGGUCAAUAUUAAUCUGUGCAAGGACAAUAGCGACGACAUAUUUUCUGUAAACAUUGAAUUGAAAACAACGAUUUUAACAGACAAUGAAUUCUUUAUUCUUCAUCUGUUUUGGCAUUUGCGUGGCCACAGUGGCAUCGGAAUAUUGCAUGGGUCAUGAUAGCGACUGCGGCCUCGAGCGAUGCCCACAUGGUUACGUGGUAAAGUGCCUUCCAGACAAUGUAUGCUCAUGCGAACACGCAGGAGAGUGCCAAUCUUCAAGCGAUUGUGAAAAUAAACAUGGAAGAUGCGAAAAUAAUGAUAAGCAUUGGUACUGCAAUGGAAACAAAUGUUGCUGUGGAGAACCAUGUCACCAUGCCGGUGAUCAUUUCAUAUGUACAGAUGCUACAGAUUGCGCCAACGAGUUCUUUAAAUGUACAAACAACGACAAACGAUGGCACUGUACUGGAACCACUGGAAGCAAACACUGCCACUGUGGAAGCGAUCACGGAAGCAUCCAUAGCUAAGAUAUUCCCUUCAUGAAUUAACGAAGUCGUGCGACUACUGUAUACAUCAUUUAUUUUUCGUCUUUAUCUCAAAUAAAUCAGGGACCAAAAACAA